UCUGCGGUCGUCGCGUAGAACGCUGUAAGCUUCAAAAUUUCAGUUGCCCAUCUCAGCCUUGUUGUGGAGCUCUUGAAGUCCACUGAGGACUGCAAAAUACUCUCUGCCAAUUCUGAACUACUCUGCUAUUCAGCAUGGCCAUCACACUUGCUACUUUCAUGUUCUGGGCCCGUAUGUCCCAGGUUGGAAGCACCACAGUUAUUCUAGGAACAAAUGGCUUCCUCAUCCGUCUUAUUAGUGCAAAUAGGCUGGGACUUACGGCCAGAAUGGUUGCUAUUCAAAAUAUGGCCGCUUUUGUUCUCUUGUAUACCCUCGUUUGUUUACUGGUCCUACACAUCUGCCGCAAAUCAGUUAGAACCUACUAUGUCAUCGUCUCCAUAAUCGGCGAUCUCAUCUUCAUGGGAGUCUCUAUCGCGAUCCUUUCAAUUUACUCAAUCGCCGGUGUGCCGGCAGACUGCGAUGGGCUGACCAGGGAAAACUGGAAUCCUGGCGAUGCUCCAAACUCCCCGCAUGAAGGAUUUACUACGGUCAGGUUCGGCCAUGGGCUCUAUGGUUCCUAUGGAGAGCUAGACGUCUAUUGCAGUCUCCCCAAGACCGACUUCGCCAUGACGGUGAUCUUAAUCUUCACCUACACCCUCAACAUCUCGCUCUCUGUCCCGCGCAUUUUAAGCUUCCACUACACUCAUAAAUCUGAAGUCAGCCGCCUCAUCGUCGAAGCAGAAAUGAAAGGAAAGGGCUCAUAUUCCGACCUUGCCUCGCUUAUCACGCGCGUUGCUUCCAGCUCCCAGCACACGCCUUCCGUCCGCUUACCUCCCUCCUCACCAGCGCCAUCCUUCCACUCGUCUCCCAUACGCCCCAACUUAGACCUGCCGUCUCAAUUCUCACCACGGGCCUCUUCCUCACCAGCACCUUCGUUCCACUCAUCGCCUAUAAAUAACCAUUCCUCGCCUAUACCCUUCCCUUCAAAUCUAAAUAGAAAUUCCCAUCCAACUUCCCAAUCAUCAUCAUCAACCUCCUCUCCCACUUCCGCUAUCACCUGCGGCUUCCCCUUCCCUCCGCAUCUCCUUACACCUCCCACAUCCAACCCCGCCUACCCUUUCCCCAAUUCCCGUUCCCUCCCCUCCUCACCAACUGGCAACCACGCCCAGGAACUAGAAAUGUCAGAUCUCUACCUCCCCAAUGACGCAAACGAGAUGGACAUGGCAGACGGUCUUGUCUCGAAUGGGUCUCGAGGGGCGAGUGCAGGGGAGGAUGGGAGCAUCCCGCCGCCUUAUAUGCCGGAUUUGGAGGCAAAUAGGAAUGGUGCGGGUUCGAGUCGGACGAAUCUGGGGCGGUAUGGGAAGGAUCAGGAGUUUCCCGGGUUGAGGUGAUGAGGGGUUGUGCUUUGUCCUGGAGUUACGGUUGGUGUUUAUGGACGUUUGGUAUAGCCGUCUUUGGUGGAGUUGAUUUUUGUUAGACAUCGGGGGAGCGAUCGAUGUUGGAAUGAUUUAUAGGCGCACGGUGAGAGAGGAUAGCUGUAUACCCGAUAUCAUAAAUGACUUUCAACUAAAUACCUCG